CUGUGACGCAAACGCGUUUUGUCUGGGCAUGCUUACUACGCCUGAACAUAAACAAAGACUAGACGUGGCUCUGCAUUAAACUCUGCUUUCCUGCUAUAAUAUAUGUGGUAACACACCUAGACCGCUUCUUCUACCUGGAGUCAUGGAGAACGCCCUAUUGAUGCGAGUAAGUGUGUUUACAGACCAAGGAGGCAGAAAAUACAUGGAGGACGUCACCGAGGUAAUAGUCGAGCCCGAGCCGGGAGAGGAAGAGCCGACUGCGGGUGAGCGAGGGGAGAGUGCGGGGUUUGAUGGUACCUCCAGCUCUCUGAACAAAGACAAUGAGCCAGAUCCGAAAGACGGAACCGUGGAAUCUCCGCAGGUCACAGAGGCAUCCGACGACCCAGUGCGAACUGAAGGCCGAAAAAUAUAUGUGGAGACGUGUUUACAGGGAAAUGGUAAACCACCCCGAGAGGCUUUGCCGAGUAGCACGACUAGCUCCCGCCGGUCCGUGGCAUUCUUUGCGGUGUUUGACGGCCAUGGAGGUCGCGAGGCUGCACAGUUUGCACGAGACUAUCUUUGGGAAUUAAUCAAAAAGCAGCGGGGGUUCUGGUCCGACUGCGACCAGGAGGUCUGCUCGGCUAUACGCAAAGGAUUUGUAGCCUGCCAUCAUGCUAUGUGGAAAAAGCUGCCUGAAUGGCCCAAAACCCUCACAGGCCUCCCGAGUACAUCAGGAACCACGGCAAGUGUUGUGGUCCUCAGAGGAAACCGCAUGUAUGUGGCCCAUGUUGGAGAUUCUGCAGUGGUUCUGGGGGUCCAAGAUGACCCGUCAGUCCCUUUUAUAAAAGCUGUGGAAGUCACAGAAGACCACAAACCUGAAUUACCAAGAGAGCGGGAACGCAUCGAAGGUCUAGGGGGGAGCGUGAUCAAGAAGUCGGGAGUGAACCGGGUGGUCUGGAAGAGGCCGAGGCUCUGUCACAACGGCCCAGUUCGCCGGAGCACCGUGAUUGACCAGAUACCUUUCUUGGCAGUAGCCCGAGCUUUAGGUGACCUGUGGAGCUAUGACUUUUACAGUGGGGAGUUUGUGGUGUCUCCAGAGCCAGACACUGACGUGGUGAUACUCGACCCCAGAAAACAUCGCUACAUCAUCCUGGGGAGCGACGGUCUGUGGAAUAUGGUUCCCCCGCAGGAGGCCAUCUCCAUGUGUCAGAACAAUGAUGAUGAAAUGGCUCCGCGUGAGGUAUCGAGUGCUCGACAGCUGGUCAGCCAUGCUCUGCUGCGAUGGCGCCAGAGGAUGCUGCGUGCGGACAACACCAGUGCCAUUGUGAUUGCCCUGCUAGAGGCAGGAACCUCACAGGAAACACUUCAUCAUGAAGAAGUGCUGCUCGACCUGGCCCAGGUGUCCCAGUCUCCGCCCACCUCCCUAUCCAGAGCAGACACCCCUCUCCUUCAGCGGCCUCAGGACGAAGACUCUACCGCUGCCGUGUGUGACUUUCUUCCUCCUCUGGAGAGACGCGAUGGAUUAUCAGGAAGCAACAGCCUGUUCCACAUGAGUCUGUCUGACCCUUUUGCACCGCUGUGUCCCAGCAGCAGCAGCAGCACUGACUCUCCCAGUUACCCCAGUUCAGUGACUGGCAGGACAGUCGGCAGCAAAAGAACUAGUAAUGGAGCCAUCUCAUCAGGAUUACUGCUGAAGAAAGCCAAACGCAGGACUUGUGACAGACCGCCGUUGGUGCAGCACAACGCAGAGAAGAAACAGAAGGAAUCGAACAAUGUGUCCCCCAUUCUCCAGCAGCAUAACAAGACCAGCGUGUGUGUGUGCUGAAACAAACACACACACACACACACACACCUUUGAUGUGCGGCCUUUCUUUAAAAGGAUAUUCCAACCAAAAGUGAAAUUUUGUCUGGCAUAUUUAUAUUUAUAGUUAGUUAAGUGGGAAAAAACAAUUUUUAACAAGCCCAGUCGUUCUCCUGACCCGGCUGUACUCCUGUAGCUUUAGCUUAGCAUAAAACCCAGUAAGUAAAUGGAUCCAACUAGGAUUAUGCUACAUACUACUUACUUAUCACAACAUGCCCUAUAGGUUAUUAAUUGUAAGUCGCUGUGGAUAAAAGCAUCUGCUAAAUGAAUAAACAUAAACAUUAUUAUUUUGGCUUGGGGUCGGUCUGAUUAUUUAGGUCACCAUGCAGAAUUGGGAUCACUACCCAGUGAUUUUUAAAGACUUUUUUUUUUUACUUACAAUGCUAGUUGGAUCCAUUCACUUAUUGUGUUUUAUGCUAAGCUAAAGGGGUACAGCUGGGUCAGGAGAAUGACUGGGGAAAAAACAUUUUUAACCAGCCCGCUUAACUAACUCUGGGAAGUAUGUCAACAGAGAAAAUUUCCCUUUUGGGUGGAAUAUCCCUUUAAGGGCGGUGCUAAGAUGUUUUCCUUUAGGAAUCUUUGUUUUUUCCUUUUUCUGUUGAUGAGAAACCAGUGAAGCAGUGUGUAGGACUGGGUAACGACACCUGGCUGUCCACACAUGCUCCUUGUAGGGUUUCACACAUCCGCGUUGUGCACCAUCACAGCCUAAACCUGAGAGUCUGCAGAGAACAUGAAACUUUCUGUUUCAGUUAGCUUGCGCCGGAGUUGGGCUACAUUCACACUGCAUCGUGUUGUGAUCCAGAUCAGACUCUGCUGUCCAGAGGAGACAGGAAGCAGUGAGCUCAAGCCUAAACAAGCUUCCCCUCAUCAGUUGAUCUUCAUUUAGUCUGUUACAGUUCUGCAGCAGCUUCAGAAGGGACGCACACGUGUAGCACUGUGUUUACAAAAGUAAACAUGGUGCUCUGACGUCUUACGGGUCUUUUCAGAACCGUAGACUCCAGGCAGAGACACCAGGACUAGGAGCGGCUAGAGUAAAACCUAAAAGCUCAUUCAUGUUCUGCCCUAAAUCACUAGCGGGUCAUUUUCUUAUUGCACUUGAGUGGACAGAGCCUCUUAGAUCCUACUCACAGAGUAUUCAACCUGCCGUACUUCACCUGUCUCUUAAGUCCUGCACGAAUGAAGGAUGAAUCGUGUGGCUGGGUAAAUAUUAUGGGUUUUAUAGCCAAGUAUUUAAAUAAGAAGAACUCUUUAUGUAAAGCAAAUCUAUUUUUAUAAAUGGUUUUAUUGUGUGAUGAUGGGUGAUCAACACAGGAGCUCCACCUCUGCUUUCAGCCUGAACCCGUCGCUCCGUCAUGUGCAGAGCUCGAUUUGAUUUAAUCUCUGGAAUUGUGUUGUGAAUCGUAACUGAUGGUGCUGCUACGGUCACGAAUCGGUGAGCUAGUGUGUUGUGUAUUAUAUGGAAGUAUGUGUCAUUUUCAUUUGACCUGCGUAGGUUAGCAUUGAUGAAGUUUUAUUUUAUUGCACGGGGCAUCUUUGGGAAAGCUUCCCCUCUUCCAUUUAACUAAGUUUUUAUCGAAUAAGCCUGCAGAUUAUAAACGUGUAAACCCCAGCCUGUUGUACACAUUUAUAAUCUCCAACAAUGCCUUCUGCCGGUCAGAUUAUUUCUAACAGCAGAUUUUUCCUGAAUCUCCCACUGAACAUUUAGGUGGACUGACCACUCGGCCCUCCUUUGGUUCAGAGAAAUCCGAUUUCAAAUUAAAAUGUUAGCACCUAAUUGUGCUGCCAGACUUCUAAUAUAGCUGCAGCGUGUGUGUGUGUGUGUGCGUGUGUGUAUAGAAAGUCAGUGUGCUGCAGCUCUAGUUGUAUUAUGUGAGUUUGUAGGUUUCCCAAGAUAAUGUUUUGCACUAAAAUUGUAAUAGAAAAGGGACGAAUUAGAGAAAUAGAUUAAGAAAGGAUGAUUAAACUAGAACACAGCAACAGGAAAAUGUCUGGUAAUAAUAAGACGAGCUGUUCCUUGUAGAGGCCGGCCAAUAUGUUUUUUUCUAAGGCCGAUGCAGAUUUUUAAAGAGUGUUGUUGCAGAUGGCCGAUAUCUAAAGCUGAUUAUUAAGGCCGAUAUACAUUUUAGCAGCACAUUGAUUGUGAAAGACAACUGAACACUCACUGUGUGCAAUAUAAAUUCAAUAAGUCAAUAAAUCUCAAUACUUAUUGAACUUCAAAUCAAAACAAACUCAAAACAUAAAAAAAAACUAUGUUGUGUUUAGGGACCUUUCUUCAGUCUAUUAGUGACGGCAGUUGGCCACACAGGUGCCUGAAUAUUUUCUUAUAUUGGCUGUAAAGAUAAUUUCGACCGAUAGAGAAAAUUGAAUAUAUCGUCCGGCCUCUAGCUCUUGGUGUUCCCUCCCUCAGCUGCGUGGCGCUUGCAGAGCGAAGCCAAACCCCUGAACGGAGAUGUGACCGAUUUAGGUUUUUAAACGAGCGAAGUGUGAAGUGUUGCCGCCCGUUUCACUGAAGAACCGGAGAUGUGACUUUAGCCGCCUGAGCAGAAAAGUCUUGAUUUGUCAGAUGAGUCUGCUUUCCAGCAGCGUUCUGUGGAUUAAUGAUAGUCUGUGUCUCCAUAGGAUAAAGGUUUGAUGCGCUCAGUCUCCAGUCUAAUGUUUUUGUGGUGUUCUUAACAAACCUCACUAAACCUUUAUUUACUCCUUUCUUCACAACCUUCGUUCGUACUAACAGCUGCAUGUGUACAGUAUAAAUGUAAAACACACUUAUCUCAAAAUAAACCUAUUUAAAUAAAAUGAAGCAGAGUGAA